ACUCUCCCAAACAUCCUCUUGCCUCGCUCAAUUCUAGACCUGUCUCAUCUCAGCCAUCUACGUAAGAGGCGAUUGAGCAUGGUGUCGUGGCCUUGAGAUUUUCUAGCAGCGAAGAAGCGGUCUUCGAGCUCACUGUCGAUAGCAUUCCAUCCUAGCACUGAUAACUGAAAGCAAUCACUUCACACUCCAAUAUCCAUGGAUCUCUUUUCUAGCUCCAAAUACUUUUGGUACUCUCUUCAUGCCCAUGUAGUAUACUACCUUAUUGUUCUGUGUCUCUUCCCUCUCAGCAAUGCUGCCGAACAGCACCCACUGGGCCCCUUGGACAUCACGCCACCCAAGAGGGUCGCCGUGAUCGGAGCUGGAGCUGCAGGAUCCAGCGCCGCAUAUUCUCUGCGCAAGUAUGCAGAUGCCUCGCAAAUCCCCGUCAACAUCACCGUCUUCGAACGCUCUUCCUACGUCGGCGGCCGCUCAACAACAGUCAAUGUCCUUGACAACCCAGCAAUUCCAGUCGAGCUGGGGGCAUCAAUCUUCGUCGAAGUCAACCAUCACCUUGUCAACGCAUCCAAAGAACUUGGCCUUCAUGUUAACAGAGCCAGCCAUGCCCAGCCCCAAGAAACAGAAGACACUCUCGGCGUCUGGGACGGGGAACAGUUCGUAUUCGUGCUGAAGGACGCCUCCACCUGGUGGAAUGUUGCAAAGAUGAUUUGGAGGUACGGAUGGUCCCCGAUCCGGACCUAUCGCUUGAUGAAGUCAACUGUCAACAAUUUCCUCCAACUCUACGACGAACCCAUCUUCCCCUUCCAAUCCCUCACCUUGGCUACGGAAUCGGUAGGGCUGCUCAACACAACCGCUGUCUCUGGAGAGACUUUCCUCCAGAAGAACUCCGUAUCACCCGACUUCUCUCGUGAAGUCAUCCAAGCAAGCACCCGUGUAAACUACGGUCAGAAUCUGGGUCUGAUCCACGGCCUCGAGACAAUGGUUUGCAUGGCCACUGAGGGUGCAAUGUCCGUUGAAGGGGGAAACUGGCUCAUAUUUGAUGGAAUGCUCAAAUCCUCCCACGCUGACAUUCGUCUAAACCACACAGUUACAUCCGUUGACUGGAAUGUCAACGGCCCCUCAAAACUAACCUUCAGCGCAAAUAACAAGCCAGAAGAGACACUCGACUUUGACGAGGUCGUCGUCGCCGGUCCCUGGCAAUUCUCCGACAUCACCGUCACUCCACCACUCAAGAAAACCCCUGAUGAGAUUCCCUUUGUGACACUACACGUCACCCUCUUCUCCUCUCCCCAUCGCCUUUCGCCUAAACGCUUCGGCUUAACAGAACCCGAUGCCCACACUCCAGAGACAAUUCUCACCACCUUGCCUCACGGGACAGACCUAGGCCAAAACGAAGAAGGCGUCGGCCCAGCCGGAUUCUGGAGUAUCAGUACUCUCCGAACAGUCGUUGCGCCUGACCCAACUGAAGGGACGCACUACGUCUACAAGGUCUUCUCUCCAGAGCGACUAACAGCCGAUUUCGUACAAUCAAUUCUCGGCCUCGAGCACGAGCAGACACCCAACCGCAACACCACCAUCGGCGAUCUCUCUAAGCGUGAUAUAAGCUGGUUCCACGAGAAGAUCUGGCGUCCGUACCCGUUCGUCUAUCCUCGAGUUACGUUCGAAGACCCGCUCCUUGCCCCACAUAUCUGGUAUACGGGUGGAAUCGAGAGCCUCAUCUCCACAAUGGAGACGAGCGCUUUGAUGGGUAGGAAUGUAGCUGCUUUAAUGUCUAGGGACUGGCAGGCCCAGAAUGACAACCGAAAGGAGGAAUGGGCAGAUUCGUUCCGUGGCGAGAUGAUUGAACUGUGAAUGCACACUCCCAUUCAGAUUAUAUGCCAUGAGUGGUGUAAUGAAGAUAUAAUUAUAAGAAACAUUAUCCUAAAAUGUUACGGAAAGGCACAGCUACAUUCAAGACGUCUC